CAGAUCACAUUCCACAGUGCCUCAACAAAUGUCCAUCGGAGGUGUAUCGAGCAGCUCGGCGGAGAAUCUUUUGUCUGAUUCAGGCAAUGGUUCAGAAAAAGAAUGUGGAUCUAGAAGAGAUUCUCUUAGCUCGGUGCCAUCAGGACAAACUCAGAUGAAUGGUUCAUAGUGUGCUGCUUUAAAUAUAUUUUUCAUAAUUCGAGUCGUAUGUAUGAAAAGAUUAGUUAUUUACAGAUGCUUGUCUUGCACUGUUCAAGUAGCCAGCAUAAUUUUUUCAGUGAAAUGGUUCUUAAGGAGAAUAUUUUGCUGAAAAGCCACUGAGUUGAUCUCAGACUGAGGCUGCUAAGUCAUAUCGACAUAGUGUACAGAUAUUCCUAUACAGUAAUUCUUGUUAAAUUCCUAACAGUGAUUGUGCAACAAUGUUUGCUGCAGAUGCUUGUAAAUGCAGUGCAACUACUGGAUAGCAAAUUAAAUAUUUUGAUACUUGAGUACUAAUGAAUGAUAUCCUUAAACGAAUAAUGAAUCUGGGAGAGAUUAAAAUAUUUAGUGCAGAUAUUAAUUUUUUUGUGUGUAUUGACAUUGAAAAUGAGCAAUACUGUGUAUACCGUUGUGCAGUAUAUCCAAUUUUUCUUCAAGAACACCUAUCAAUUUGGACUUCAGUGUAGCCCUUCUUGAAAAUAUUUUGUAAUAUUUCAAGUGUUUUGAGAGGUAGCUAAUAAAGUUUCUAAGAAAAACCAAAACCUUAAUGAUUUUAAAAGUGUAAUAUAAGAACAAAAAUGAAAAUGUAGCGACAGAAAAAUACAGAAGCAGUAACAUCACAAUAGAGGACUGGUGUGUUUGGCUUCAAAAUAGAAUUUAUGUGAAAGUGACAUAAAACAGAACAAAGUAUUUUGAAUCUCAAAAAUUGUGUUUUUCAUUUUUUUCUCAGUUUUGGGCUAAAUUAAUUUACUCUUGACCUUAGCACACAAAAUUUAGUCUCCAACUUUGUUGAAGGCUCAUGAGCAAGAUGGGAUAUUCACUACUGGACAAGGAAAGUAGUGUUCUUUCUCUCAAGCUUGCACACGCUGUCUUUCACAGAGUGUCAAAUAUCUAUAUGUUCAUUGUUAAUUGGAAUUUGAAAAUGUGAUAAAAGCAUGAAAGAUGAUUUAUGUAUAUACUUUGCAUGAAUACUGGCUUCCCUGUU